CAAAGUGUGUUUGUGAAGCUAAUGUUAGCGGUAUUAGUUAGAGAUUCAUGUCUGUACUUGGUGUUAUAUAUCUUGUAGAUGGCUGAAAGUUCAAGUUCCUCUACCAUUGACAAAAAGAAGGCAAAAGUUGUGGUUUGUAACUGUAACAUUGAAGCAAAGGUGCUUCAAGCUUGGACUGUUGACAACCCUGGAAGGAGGUUUUAUACCUGCGAAGGGCGUAGAGUUUCUAAUGGAUACCAAACCUGCAACUUCUUUCGAUGGUAUGAUGUUGAGAAGCCACACGGGUGGCAAUAUACUGCAUUGUUGGGUGCUAGAAAUGUUAUGCGCCAACAGAGAGAAGAGAUUAGUAACCUGCAAAACCAAGUAAGAGAACUUAUCCUUGAGAAUGUAAGAAAUGGCGGAGCAGUUAGGCUUGAGAAUGAAAGCAGUGGCCAAACUCCACCUGAUUCAGACCUCAACUGUGAAGCAUGUGAAGCGCUUAGAGGAGAAAUAUUGGUUCUAAACGAGAGGAGCAUGGUGUAUCGUAAUGUUCUUAUCACGCUGGCAAUUGGAUUUACUGUGGUCAUUUGUGUGUUCAUGGGUAUCUUGAAGUGGUAGAAGACUAUUGUUAAGACUGGUUAAGCUUCUUUCAUCUUGUUAAGACUUUAUGU